AUUAUUGAAUCCAAUAUAAAAACAUUUUUCAGAUUUUCAGAUUUUUUUUUAUUGUUCUGGUGCAGCAUGCAGGCUGCAAAGUAGUUAUCAAAUAAAUGUAGUGAGUAAAAAGUAGUUGACAAUUAUCAUUGCAGAAAAUGGGAAAUACAAACUCAAAUAAGGUACAAAUACUCCAGAUUGUGAAUAAGUACAAUACUUGAGCAAGUUAACUUUUUUCAUGACAUCACCAGCUCUUUAUCUGCUAAAUGUAUGACAUUAAAACCACAUAACACACGUACAUUGAAAAAAAAGGGGAAAAUAAAUAAACGUUGUGUAAUUGCAUUACAUGUGUACAUACAGAUGUGGUUGAGCUUAUGAAACACUGUACUGUAGACACACUUUUUGAAGUCUGGCUCUAAACUUACAGCAUUUGUGCAUACCUCAGUGACAGUUGAACACCUGUAGGCAAAAAAGGAAAACGAACAGAACAGCAGAAUGCCCCCCAACCCAGCACCCCUCCCCUCUUCUCCCCCGCUCCUCGGUCGCUUUGUUUCUGGGCGGAUCUUCGCUGCUCCUCUCCACACCCCUACUCAGAGUUCACUUCUACACCAGCCACUGUUUCUCUGUCUGCGCACGUGGAGAGAGUACUGUUGCGGCUGCGGUUCCACGCGCGCUCUGGCCCGCUUCAUGAUUACUUUUAUCUUGUUGUGUCUCGAGCCCAGUGCUGUCUGCAGCGGCACCUUUCACGCAUUUUUCAGAGCCUUUGCGCGGAAGAAGAAACAUUUUGUAAAGCAGUAGACUUGCAGAGAAUGAGUCCCGCAUAACUCCGGGACUUGUCGUUAUCUGCCCCUUCCUUUCUCUGUCUUUUCCCCUGUCCCGCGUUCUCCAAGUUGAGGCAUUGCACAUAAGUAUGGUAGAUAAAGGCCCCUUGUUGACUUCUGCCAUUAUUUUUUACCUGUCCAUUGGGGCAGCAAUUUUUCAAGUCCUGGAGGAGCCAAAUUGGAAGCUGGCUGCAAAGCAGUAUAGCGCCCAGAAGGAUAAAAUACUUGAGGACUAUCCCUGUCUGACGCAAGAUGAUUUGGACAAAAUAUUAGAGGUGGUGUCUGAUGCUGCAGGCCAAGGGGUCACUAUAACCGGCAGCAAGACUUUCAACAAUUGGAACUGGCCUAAUGCUGUUAUCUUUGCUGCCACAGUUAUUACUACUAUCGGAUAUGGGAACAUUGCUCCUAAAACGUCAGCAGGCCGUGUAUUCUGCAUCUUCUAUGGGCUGUUUGGUGUGCCUUUAUGUCUUACAUGGAUCAGUGAGCUUGGAAAGUUCUUUGGUGGCAGAGCCAAGCACCUUGGCCAGUAUCUGACCAAGAAGGGAUUUUCACUGAGAAAGGCUCAGUUUACCUGCACAGCUAUUUUUCUCCUCUGGGGUGUGCUGGUCCAUUUAGUCCUUCCACCUUUUGUGUUUAUGUCCCAAGAGGGUUGGACAUAUAUAGAAGGCUUGUACUUCUCAUUUGUCACAUUGACCACUAUUGGUUUUGGGGACUUGGUAGCAGGUGUGGAACCAAAUAAAGAAUACCCAACUCUGUAUCGUUACUUUGUAGAAGUGUGGAUUUAUCUGGGGUUGGCCUGGCUUUCUUUGUUCUUCAACUGGAAGGUCCGGAUGGUGAUUGAGGCUCACAAGGCACUCAAGAAACGGCGCAAGCUGCGCAAGCUAUCUCUUGAUGAGCUCCGGCACUACAAAGAGUCUCAUAAGGCUUCUCUUCGUUUGCCACCCACUCCCAGUGACGUCAACAUUUUCAGCUUCCUGUCCAAGAAGCAAGAAGGCUACAAUGACUUGAUUAAGCAGAUUGGCACCAAAAAAGAUGGCAGAAGCAACAGCAGCAGCGUCAACACCAUCAUUAACGUCAAAGAGAUUGUUCGUUCCAAGAGUUGCAAUGACGCUCCAAAGUUUAAUGGUCACACCAUCCUUAGUCUGGACCGUUCACCACGUCAAAAGAGACGCUAUAGUUUCAGUGACCGCGUCACUGUUGCAUUUUCAAAGUCCAAGAACUACCUCCUGGGCUCAGAUAAUGGUUUGCUGCUAACAGAGGACCAUGUAGAGGGUAAUCUAGAACUUGACCAGGACCAAAUGUAUGAGAACCAGCUUGACAAGGACAUCGACCUUGAAGACACAGUGGGAGGCUAUGGAGCAGGUGGUCGAAGGACAUGGGACUCUAAAGAGUACCAUCCGCUUACAUUUCAAAAUGCAAACAUUACUUUUAUAGAUGAGGAGAAUUUUCUCAGUAAUAACUUGGAGGAAGAUGAUGAUGAUGAUGAAGGUGAUGAUGAUUCUAAAGCAAAACUGUCAAUCACUACAUGCGAUGAAAACAUUGAAACUAACUCCAAGGAGGAACAGAGUUCUGAAUCUGAAGGGUCUGUUUUCACUAGUGACUGUUCAGAACACAGCCACUCCUAUGAGAAACUUGUGGAGGAAUAUGCAAAAGAAGAAAAUACAGACUCUUGAUCUUCUGUUGUUUGUCAAAUAUUGAAGUAUGUGUAUAGUAAUAAUUGUUUGAAAGAUUGUCUGACAUCCCUAGCACUUUUGGGCAUCUGAUAUAAAAGACUGCAAAGUUGAGAUCAAAUUUCAAAUUCAUCUUCUGUGAAAAUCAUCUUUACUGACUCUUUCUAUGAGUUGAGCUUCCUAUGAACUCCUGAACAAUUAUGUCCUUAAUCUUGACUUGGACUAUUGAAUUGUACUAAGAGUAUUUAACAUCUGCUCUAUUUAUGUCUUUUUAUACGGUUUGAGAAACUAUAUGCCCCACAUUUAUUAGAAUGUCCAAACCAAUUGUUUUCUGUGAGCCUUUUUUUUUUUUUUUAGGCUAGUAACAAAUUAUAUUUGGACAUUUAUUUGGUUUCAUAUAGUUUCUUACAUGCAUAUUCACCAUAUUGGUGUUUUUCAUAAUAUUUAUUAAAAUGAAAGACAUUGUAGCUUUUAUUCACUAGCUACAUGGGUUCUCCCCUUGCACAUUUUACAGCAAAUGAGGACAGUUCAAAGUCCAUUUCAGUGCAGAGUGUCUUUUAAAACCUGAGCCAAACAUUUGUUUAAAGAAAAUGAAGUAGAUUAAGGGCCAAUUCUCCCUCGUUUUUUUCCUUUGGUGUUUCUUUUGUGAAGUCCUUGAAACAUUGUUGUGGCUGAGAUUUCUGUUUAUUUUGACUCCAAGCAAUUGUGACUGCACUAGCUGUAAUCCGUAGGGCAUAGACAACAUCUGGGUUCUAGGACCACCUCAAGCUGACUUUUAAAAGGAAAAUUAUUAAUUUUACAAACACAAGCAUUUGUAGCAAAAUCUGAAUAUCCUGCAAGAGAGUAGCUCAAAACUAAGAUUUGUUUUCCUUUUUUGACACCUCUGAUCGAAGCAGCUGUAGUUUAAAAAGUGCUUGAUCCUGAAAUGAUCCUCCCAUUGUGACAAAAAGUACACACCUCUCAGAAUACACUCAAGGUCAAGUGCACAUACACUGUAUUGUUGUGGUUUGCUGCUUACAGCAUGUCAACUGUCACUCUGUGGCCCCUGGGCCCUCUAGCUUCCAAGUGCAUAAUGGAAAUGAAACUUUCACAGCAACAGUAUUCUGACUUUUUUUUUUUUUUUUCCCUUAGCACUCUUUCACUUCAUUGUAUUUGCCAUGUAAAUAUUGGUUGAACACCCUUCAGAAGUCACAAACACAGCUCUGCUCAGGACAUGGCCUUGAUGCUCAUGUUUGUCUUUGGGGGCUUGCACUGGCAUGAAUGACUGAAGUACCGCUUAUUACAGGCAGCCACGGUUAAGUUCAACAGAUCAAUAUAUAUAUGCAUUAGUCAUGAGGCAUUACAUCACCAACUGUUUUUAAGUGAAAAUGCCUUUGAAUCCUCUGCAAAAUAGAGGGAUAUACAUUACUAUGUAACAUCUAUUGAAUGUUCUUGUAUUGAUUCACUGAAAAUUUAGAGUCUUUCACAUUGGGUGCCAUCUUUUAUUUCUUCACUUUUGUUCAUGUAACAUUCUUCUCUCCCUCUCAUUUUCGCCAGUUUUCCUGGAUGUCUUAGUGCAGCAUUGUUAUGCAGCCAUGGUACUUCUCUGGACUGAAUUGCAAGCAUGUCUCUAGAUUAUUACCUACGAACCGGUUAGGCUGGUUAAACCCAUUGUUCCAAGCUUGCCUCUCAAUGUUGCUCCAUUGUGUAAAACUCCAGUAUAGUCGUUGCUAGUUUUAGUCUUUUUUAUGAUUAAAUUAUUCAUAUUUGUAAAAGUUUGUAUAUGAUUUCCAAACAAAACUGUAUAUUUCAUGUAAAUAAACAUUUAAUAAAA